GUAUAUAUAAACUCCGCACGCUCCUAUCACGCUCAUCAUAAUGUUUAUCGGUAUCAAUUAAAUAUAACUUGUCAUAAAAGUAAAGUAUUUAAAUUAUUCGCAAACAUGAAAUCUAUUUUGGUGAUUGUAGCUUUAGUUGUCAUUGGACUGUGCUGGCAAUGCGAAGCUAAAACGUUUAGUAGAUGCGAGCUGGUACGAGAGUUGAGAAGACAAAAAUUUCCAGAGAGUCAACUACGUAACUGGGUUUGCCUCGUGGAGAAGGAGAGCGGACGCCGCACAAAUGCCAUCGGCCCCACCAACAGUAACGGGUCCCGAGACCACGGCCUAUUCCAGAUCAACGACAAGUACUGGUGUAGCACCACCAACAAGCCGGGCAAGGAUUGUAACGUCACUUGUGCACAGUUGCGAACUAACGACAUCACCAAGGCGUGUAAAUGUGCCAAGAAGAUUUACCAGCGCCACGGGUUCAACGCCUGGUACGGCUGGAUAAACCACUGCAAAGGAAAAACUUUACCUAAUAUCAGCAAAUGUUAAUCAAUUAGCCUCUUGAGUACUUAUUAAUAAAUCAGUUUGGGGGCUUGGGUGUUUCUCAGGGUACACCAGUUGAACCCUCUGUUUAAUACCUAAGGAAACGUAAUGUUAGUUUACAUUUAGACCUACUUGCAGCAAAUAUGCUAAAUCUCGAUUCAACUAAAACUAGAUUUAAGCUAUACAAGAAUGACAAAUUGACAUUGGCGUUUUGACAUUUUUUAUAGGUAUAGGUUAAAAUUAGUUUUUGUUGAUUAUCGAGAUUUAGAAAAAUGGGCAGAAAAAUUUAAUAACUUAACUACUACUCGUCCUUUUAUUAGUAGUCUUUAUUUAAGUAGGU